AUGCAUAUCCCCAAGGAACACUGCAAAACCGAACACUCCUCGGCAACCGGCCCGCAAAACGAGCCCGUGCUACUCCCCGGACUACCCGCCCAUCUAGCCCUCCUUUGCCUUUCACCUCUCAAACCUUCUCUACUCUACAAAGUAUGCAAGUCUUGGCGCCGCCUCAUCUACUCUCCCGAUUUCCCCCCUUUUUUUGCUCUCUACGCCGUCCUCAGCCACGUCUCCGCCCGGCCCGCCUCGUCCGAUCCCGACUCCAUCUCCGCCCGCGGCCGCCACUCCCACUCCAUCACCCUCGCCUGCCUCGACCCCAUCUCCGCCACGUGGCGGGCCCUUCCGGGCCCACCACUCGGCCCGUCCAUCCUCCGCCGCCACCCGGACAUCAUAUCUUGGGCCCUCCCCAUCCAGUCUGUGACCGCGUCGAACAAGCUAGCCCUGAUAUGCGCGAGCACGAAUGACUUCCUCCCGGCCCUCCAUCACCCGCUCGUGUUCGACCCGAGCACCGCGAGAUGGGCCCGCGGGCCCGCCUUUCGGGCCCCUCGUCGGUGGUGCGUCGCAGGGUCGGCCCGCGGCUCGGUUUACGUCGCGAGCGGGGUCGGAGCGGGGUACGAUGCCGAUGUGGCGCGGUCGAUCGAGAGGUGGGACCCGUCAUCGGGCGACGAGUCUUGGGAGCGGCUGGCGGACUACAGAGACGGGAGGUUCUGUCGGGAGGGGAUCGAGGCAGUCGGUUAUGGCGGGAACAAGCUCUGCAUGGUGAACGCGAUUGGGGCGCGGUCGGGAAAACAGGGCGCGGUUUACGAUGUGGUGGAGGAUAGGUGGGAGGAGAUGCCGAGGGGAAUGCUUGGAGGGUGGAACGGCCCGGUUUCGGUGGAUGCAUGUGACGAAAGAGCUAUGUAUGUUGUUGAUCGGAAGGAGGGGUCGAUUAGCGCGUACGAUGGGGUCAACGACCGGUGGGUGGGUGUGGUGGGGGGUUUGGAGAGGGUCAAGGGAGCGGAGAAGGUGGCGGUGCGUGGGGGGAAGAUGUGUGUAGUGUCAGAGGAGGGUCGGGAGAUUGUGGUGGUGGAUGUGUUGGCGAGGCCGCCGAAUGUGUGGGUUGUGGAGCCGCCCAGUGGGACGGAGGUUGUAGCGGUCCAUGUGUUGCCGAGGAUGGCGAUUUCGGAGGAUCAACGGUUUUAG